AUGAGGACACACCCUUCAUCAACAUUUAUUAUUAAGACCGAUGAAGAGGUCUUCCAAGGUAUGUAUAUCUGCCUUGCUCCAUUAAGAGCAGGGUUUUUAGCAGGUUGCAGGCGUUUGGUGUCCCUUGAUGGUUGUUUUCUGAAAGGAGUAUAUGGGGGACAACUUUUGUCAGCUGUGGGGAUAGAUGCAAAUGAUUGCAUCUAUCCCAUUGCAUGGGUUGUAGUCAACAAAGAAAACAAGGAGAACUGGACCUGGUUCUUGUAGUUGCUUGCACAGGAUCUCAGAAUUAUGGACAGCCAUAUAUGGGCCUUCAUGACUGAUAGGCAGAAGGGACUAAUGCCUGCCAUAGCUGAGCUAUUCCCCUAUAGUGAGCAUAGAUAUUGUGUGAGGCAUAUUCACACCAAUUUUAGGAACACAUUUAGGGGCAAAGCUCUGAAAGAUCAGCUUUGGUCUUGUGCUAAAGCAACAUACAAGGCAACAUAUGAUAGAUCCAUGGAAAAUUUAAAGGACAUGUCUGUAGGGGCAUUUCAGUACAUACAAAAGAUUGAACCCAAACAUUGGACUAGAUCUCAUUUCCAAAGCCAAUUCAAAUGUGAUAUCCUAUUGAACAAUCUAUGUGAAGUUUUUAACAGUCAAAUAUUGGAAGCUAGGACCAAAGGGAUUAUCACUAUGAAUGAAAUGAUAAGGACACAAUUAAUGAAAAGAAUCCAAAAAAGGAGGGAUGAAAUGAAGAAAGUCACUACCACCCACUGCCCUAGAAUUUUGAAGAAACUUGAGAGAUCUAAGCAAUUGAGUUGGUUCUAUACCACCACAUGGUCAGGUGGAGACAAGUACCAAGUACUAGGCCCUGAUGGUCAAUUUGUUGUUGAUAAGAAAGAUUGGUAUUGCUCAUGUAGGAGGUGGCAACUUAGUGGUAUUCCCUGUGGUCAUGCAGUGUCUAUGUUAUAUUACAAUAGAGAAAAGCCUGAAGACUACCUGCACUCAUGCUAUGAAGUGAGAACCUUUAUAGACACAUAUAGGCACAUAUUAAACCCCACUCAUGACAAGGACUCAUGGCCAAAGAGUGACCAAUGUCCCAUUAUCCCACCAGAGCCAGUGAACAAUAGGAGGGGCAGGAGAACUAUACUAAGGAGGAGAGAAAUGGAUGAAAACCGUGGUUUUACCAAGGGGAAAGUUAGUAAAAAGGGUGUGAAGAAUAAAUGCAGCAUGUGUGGUGCAACAGGACAUAAUAAGAAGAUUUCAUGGGCAGUUAACCAAAUUUAG